UUAAAUAUCCUGCUGGGGUACCCUUUACAUUCGAGACGAUUCAUAAUACUUGAGCUCGUGCAAAAUGGCGAUGAAUGUUCAGUCCAAAACUGCGAUUGUCACUGGAGGUGGUUCUGGCAUCAAUUUUUGUUUUGCAAAAUUGCUACUCAGCAGGGGCUGUAAUGUUGUGAUUGCAGAUUUAGUUCUGCGUCCAGAAGCACAGGAAUUGGUUUCGAAAUAUUCCACAUCUUCGAAUGGAGCGAAAGCCGUGUUCCAGCAAACGGAUGUGACAGAAUGGUCACAGUUGGAGAAAAUGUUCGAAGUAGCAAAUGAGCAUUUUGGUGGUGCAGAUAUCGUUUGCCCGGGAGCUGGCAUAUUUGAACCGGUUUGUUACCACUUUUCUGGCUUGGAAAUAAAUGUUAAUUUAUAGUGCAGCCAUUUUCGAAUUUCUGGUUCCCUCCCAAUACUCCUCCGUCAGUUGAUAAAACUUCCGAGUCGAGGUACAAAAUAUUUGACAUCAACAUCACACAUCCGAUCCGCACGACCCAAAUGGCGAUAGAGCAGUUUAUGAAACGAAAGAAGCCUGGAGUUGUUAUUCAUAUAUCCAGUGUCGCCGGCCAGCUUCCAUUCUUCCCGAACCCGAUGUAUGUAGCCUCAAAACAUGCCAUAUCGGGUUUCGUUCGUUCAUUGGCACAAUUGGAAUUUCCCACACCAGAUAUCCCAAAAGUACGUGUCAGUGCGGUUGCACCAGGUCUAAUCAAGACUCCACUAUGGACAGAACACCCCGAAAAAAUGCUAUUUCUCUCCAAAGAGGAUCCGGAUGACUCGUAUUGGGUAACUCCUGAAUUUGUUGCCGAGAGGAUGCUAGAACUUAUCGAAAGUGAAAAGUAUCUUGGGGGAACAGUGUUAGAAGUUGGAAAAGGGGUGAGGAAAGUGGAAGCCUUCAAUGAUCCAGGGCCUGUAGAGGAAUUCAAAGCAGUCAAUUAUGUACCUCGUGAGAUUUUCGAGGCUGAUGUAUGGGCAUCUUUGGAGAGACAACAUCGAGACUAAACAGUCACAAUGAGCUUUUCACUACCACCUAAGAAAAGAAAAAUAGGAUCGAUUCGACGAACUUUUUGACCAAUUACCAAUUUGACUGAGGCGCGCUUGUGAGAAAUUUAGGGCUCGCUGUAUUGCGAGUGAAAUGUACUGCAUUAUCUAGGCAUGACCUAAGGAUAUCUAGCAUAAGACA